UACAGGCGCAAGCGCACUACAGCCCUUCAUGUGAACAAUACCUUAAGAAACUAAGAAAACCACAUGAAGAAGAUGUCAAUGUGUUUGUUUUAAUAUUUUAUAGCUUUAAUUUAUAAAUAAAAAACAAUAAUAAUGAACUCAUUAAGAAAUAAAUUAUCAAAUCGGAAAUUAAUGCAAAAUGGAUUUGUACAUUUACAAUCAUAUUCAUCGUCAACAUCGCCUACAAAUAUUCAAAUACCAAAUAGAAAAGAACGAGGUCCUACUGAUAUUUUAAUGGCUUUAGAAAGUACAAUUCGAAGAGAUCCUACAGCUCCCCAUUAUAAAUAUAUAGAUGAUCCUAAUUUAUUACCAAUAACAAAUCUCGAGAAACGAUCAUAUGCUCUGUCAAAAGAGGCUGGAAGAAAGGCCGCAAUGUGGGUUCGACAAGAACAUGCAGAAUAUUUUCAACAUAAAGUUGCUGAACCUUUUAUUGAUUACUAUGCUCCACGUGCUGUUUAUACAGAAAAGGAUAAUGUCUCAGAAGAAAUACUAUUAAAUAAUAUUAAAUCUGGUUAUGUUAAGGAGUCACUUGAAAUAUAUAAUUUAUUAGAACAAAAUGUCAAAAUCGAGACUAAAUUAGCUCUUUUUGAAUUGUUAUGUUUUUACAAUUCAAUGGAACAAAUUGAUGAAGAAUUAAUGGAAGAACGAUGGUAUUCGAGCAAUAGUAUCCUAGAGGGGAAUAAUUGGAAAGAAUGUUCAGAUAAACAACAUUUGUUUCACAUUCUAACACAAGAAAAAGGUGAUAUAGCAACAGCAGCUUACAAUGUCAUGAUAACUGGUCUUAUAAAGUUUAAUAAUUUAGUUAAAGCUUGGGAUUUAUAUGAGGAAUGCAAGGAGAAUAAUAUCCCGCUAUAUAAAAUAACGUAUGAUCAUUUAAUAAAGGCAAUUAUAAUUGCAAAACAUAACGACGGUGAUCGUUUGAUUUUAAUGCAACAAAUGUACAAAGAAAUGAUGAUUAAUAAUUUACGACCUGAUGUUAAAACUAUGAACGCCUCUUUGCAUCUCCUAUCAGUUUUGAAAAUAGUACAAAAGAGUUCUAUGCUUUCAAUGAUUCUCAAUGAAUUCAAAAGUAUAAAUGUGAAACCAUCUCUUGCAUCUCAUUACUAUAUACUUAAAUGUUUCUCUAAAAGUAAUCAAUUGUUGAAGACAGUUCUAACUGAAAUUAUGGAUAUAUUGGAGAAUGAAAAUCUAAAAGAAUUUUCAUCUAUUGAAGAUGCAUUAUUUUUUCCUCAUGCAAUGCAAUGCGCCUAUUAUGCUAAAUCUAUGAUUCUUUGUAAAAGACUUAAUAAUCUUAUGUUAAAAGAUGACAAUUAUAAAUUAAUCAGAGGCAAUUAUCAGGAGAAUGUCUACUAUCGAAACUAUUUAUUAUUGCAUUUAAAAUUAUUGAGUCCUAAAUCAUUUAAAGAAGUAUAUUUAGAAUUGACGCCACAUAUUUACACUCCGGAAAUGCCAAUUUUUAAAGAAAUUCUCGAUUCAUUAAUUGAAACAGAAUCAAGCGAAGUAACAGAUAUAUUACAAUAUUUAUGCUCGCAAGCAAUAUUGUUUGAAUACACGAAAAGCAGUGUAAUUCUUGAAAAUUUAGUGGAUCUCAUGUGUAAUCAUUGUAAACCUACGGCUGAUUCGACAUUAAAUAAAAGUUUUGCUGAAAUUGCUUUGCAAUUUUGGACUCAGAUGCAAGAAGCUAACAUGACAUCUAGACGAGGAUAUACUUAUGAAGCUAGUACUUUGGAAAAAUUGUCAUUACUCUGCGUACGUGGUGGAGAAUUUGAUAAAAUGCUAGAAAUAUUAUCUACUUUGAUAAAUAAUCAGAAUAUAGUUAUUGCAACAAUGUCCCCCAAAGGGAUAAAAGAAUUAUUUACUGCUUGUUUGGCAAAUGGACAUUGUGAAGCUGCUUUGAGUUUAAUCGAAUACGCGAUUGAGUCUGGCUUUGACGAGCAAAUAUCAAUGGGUAUGAAAGUUUAUAAAACGUUUCAACUCUCUGCAGCUCAAGAGAGUCGACUUCAAUCCCUGGUUGGUAAGGAUUUCAAGAAAUACAAAUUAAAUAAUGAAGAAUCGUAAUUUUUAUAUUAAAAAAAAUAUUCUACUAUAGUUGUUUUAAAAAUGUAGAUUUCAUAAUUACAUUUGUAAAUAAACUAAAUAAUACGAA